CUGCUUUGUUUCAUAUCAGCGCUCGCAUCAAGCAGUGUUACCCUCUCUGCAACUAUGGAAGAAGCAUACCUCGAUCCGAUUUUGGCCUUCGCGGACUGGAAAAUCCGACGACCCAAGGUCUCCAAGUCGCUUGGACGAGCUUCAAGAAAGAUGAAGAGAUCACAGGUGAAAACAAUUGAGCCACGAUGGACGCCGACCCUCUUGGGCGAGUCAGAAUCGAAUUGCGACUUUUUCAAGAUGAAGCCUCUUAAGAUGAAUGCAAGAGCCCAAAGGAUAGGUCAGGAGAUCAUUGAAGGGCUGGUUCAGAGCGAUGCCUGCAAGAAUUUCAAGGAGUUUGCCAACUUCGUGGCUGAGUUGGAUAAGUGUACUCCUGGUCCAUCCCAUACUCGACUUGAGUUUUGUGUAAUCGGUGAGACCGGCAUUGGGAAGUCAACGUUUAUCAACGCUGCUCUUAACCGCCCAGAACUUGCGGAUGCAUCCGAUUCUACUAAAGCAUGUACACAGCAUGCUACAAGUUAUGAAUAUCUUCCUGGGGCUCCGGAUAAUGCAAGUUUGAGCAAUGUCUACAUCACAAUUGUAGAUGUUGCUACCAGGAAACAAGAAGCCCAGAUGCAGAUUGAAAAUUAUUCCAAGGUACAUUGCCGAGGAUCAGAGGGCCAGUCCAUGAAUAUAUAUGAACAGGACGAAGAGGCUGAGCCAGCCGAGGCGAAUCCAUCUAUAACGAUGCUUACGGAGGAAGAUCGAAAUCUGGCGAAACAUGCGCUCGACUACUUUCAUCUUAUUUGGAACACACAGAACAAUUCCGAGGCUGAAAAGGAGCUGCAAGUGAUGCUCCAGCACAACUAUAUUUCGAGCGGAGAACUUUUGGCAAAAUGUAUCCAGAAGCAGGAAGAACGUCUCCAGGACCUAGGCAAAAACGGUAGAGUUGAUCAAGAUCAGAAUGUUCUAUUCACUGAUAUCCCGGAUGCGCUCUUUCCAGGGAAGGAUACCUUGGAUCUUCCCGCUGUGCGGCAACUAGCAGCGAUGAUAUGGCCGCUCAUUCAUAAAGUGACCAUCCGGACAGGUGGUGUGCUUUUGCGAAAUGGUAUUGUUUUGACCGAUCUGCCAGGUUACGGAGACCUAAACAUGGGUCGGAUUGCUAUCACAAACAACUUUCGUCUCGAGGCAGACUACGAGAUCAUCAUCGCAGAAGGAUUGCGAAUUGAAGAUAGCAAGACAGUGUACAGCCAGAUAACAAGUUCAAUUCAUGCUCACGGACUGGAGCGUACUUUGCUUGUUGUCAACAAGAUGGACGUAAGUAGAUCAUCCGGUCUGGACUUUCUCAAUCUCGAACUUCAUACUAAUGGAAUUCGACAGCAAAACUUCAGGGUUUCCGAUGAAGAAGUUGACAACCUGAUUGAGCGGAAGGAGAGGGCUCCUUUCAACGAGAUCUCUCAAAGGCUGGAUGAGCUCGAAUCAAUUUCCGAUCUGGACGACGCCGAUGCAGAUGCUUACGAGGAGUACCUGCGUGCAUAUACUAGGGCUACAGCGCAAAGGUCCAAAAUUAAUGAUCUGAAAAUCAAGAUGUAGAAAGCCCAC